AUGGAGUCAGGCGGCGGUGGUGGUGGUGGUGGGGCAGCAGCUUUGGCCUCGUUCAUCAUGAAUGAGGAAGAGCUGAAAAGAAAGCAGAGGGAGAAGCUGAAGAAAAUGCAGGCCACCGGAGGAAACCCCCGACCUCCACGUUCUCUCUUCUUCUUCACGCUCAAAAACCCUUUUCGCAAGACCUGCAUCAACAUUGUUGAAUGGAAGCCUUUUGAAAUCAUUAUCCUGCUAACCAUCUUUGCAAACUGUGUAGCUCUGGCUGUGUUUCUUCCAAUGCCCGAAGAGGACACCAACAACACCAACUUAACACUGGAGAGUCUGGAGUACAUCUUUCUGAUCAUUUUCACUCUGGAGUGCUUUCUAAAGAUAAUAGCCUAUGGAUUACUGUUCCAUGAUGGGGCGUAUUUACGAAACUGUUGGAACAUACUAGACUUUGUCAUUGUGUUUAUGGGGCUCUUCACACUAGUUGUGGACACCAUUAACUCAAUAGCAGGAGUUCCUAAAGAGAAGGGUGGAGGUUUUGACAUGAAAGCGCUGAGAGCGUUCAGAGUGUUGCGACCACUGCGCCUCGUCUCAGGAGUUCCCAGCCUCCAGGUGGUGAUGAGCUCUAUUCUGAAAUCCAUGUUGCCUCUCUUUCACAUUGCGCUGCUGGUCUUCUUCAUGGUUACCAUUUAUGCCAUUAUGGGCCUGGAGCUGUUCAAGUGUAAAAUGCACAAGACAUGUUACUACCAGGGCACUGAUAUCAUCGCUAUCAGAGAAAAUGAAAAACCCUCACCCUGUGCCCAGGCUGGACACGGGCGUCGCUGUACCAUCAAUGGCACUGAAUGUCGGGCAGGUUGGCCUGGUCCCAACUUUGGAAUCACCCAUUUUGACAACUUUGGCUUUGCCAUGCUUACAGUCUUUCAGUGUAUCACAACAGAGAGCUGGACCGAGGUGCUCUACUGGGUUAAUGAUGCACUGGGAAAUAGCUGGCCUUGGAUCUACUUCUUGACACUAAUCCUCCUGGGGUCCUUUUUCAUUCUCAAUCUGGUCCUUGGAGUUCUGAGCGGGGAGUUUACUAAGGAGAGGGAGAAGUCUCGCUCACGAGGAGAGUACCAGAAGCUACGAGAGUGUCAACAAAUGGAUGAGGAUCUGAAAGGCUACAUUGAAUGGAUCACUCAAGCUGAAGUUAUAGAUGAAGAUUUGGCGGCACUUCUUCCUAGAAGAGAAGAUUCAGAGACAGACAGCCUAUUCCAGAUGGCGGGACUCAACCGGGUGGUCUAUUUCUACCGACUCGCUCGUCGCUGGAACAUUGUUUUACGGAGGAAGUGUCAUGCUUUGGUGAAAUCUAAAUACUUUGGCUGGUGGGUUAUCGUCGUUGUGUUACUCAACACACUGGUUAUUGCUACUGAGCAUCAUCAUCAGACGGCGUCCCUAACACAUUUUCAAGAUGUUUCCAAUGUAAUCCUGCUCAGCUUUUUCACAAUUGAGAUGAUUUUGAAGCUGUAUGCAUUUGGCCCGAGAUCUUACUUCAUGUCGGUCUUCAACCGAUUCGACUGCUUAGUGGUCUCGAUCGGCAUUUUUGAGAUAAUGCUGGUCGCAUCAGGCAUCAUGACACCAUUGGGGAUCUCUGUGAUGAGAUGCAUACGACUUCUGCGCUUGUUUAAGCUCACGAGAUACUGGACGUCACUUAAUAACCUGAUUGCAUCUUUGGUCAACUCAAUCCGUUCCAUCGCCUCACUGCUUCUGCUCCUCUUCCUCUUCAUUGUCAUCUUCGCCCUCCUCGGCAUGCAGGUCUUUGGUGGAAAAUUCAACUUCCCAGACAGAGAGAUUCAGCGUAGCAACUUUGACAACUUUCCACAGGCCCUUAUAAGUGUUUUCCAGGUCUUAACUGGAGAAGAGUGGGACACAAUCAUGUAUAAUGGAAUCAUGGCUCAUGGUGGACCGGCGUCCCCGGGAAUUCUUGUCAGCAUUUAUUUCAUAAUCCUCUAUUUCUGUGGAAACUUCGUUCUUUUGAAUGUGUUCUUGGCCAUCGCUGUGGACAAUCUUGCUGAAGCCGAGAGUCUGACAGAAGCACAGAAGGAGAAAGCAGAAGAGAAAGCCAGAAGAAAGCUUAUGAGAUCAAUGCCAGAGAAGAGUGAGGAAGAGAAACUCCUGAUGGCCAAGAGACUGAUGGAGUCCAGGUCAAAAGCUGAGGGGAUGCCCACUACAGCUAAACUCAAGAUCGAUGAGUUUGAAUCAAAUGUGAAUGAAGUGAAGGACCCCUUCCCUCCCGCAGACUUUCCAGGUGAUGAUGAGGAAGAGGAGCCAGAGAUUCCCAGCAGUCCCAGACCCAGACCCAUGGCUGACCUGCAGCUCAAGGAGACAGUGGUGCCCAUGCCUGAUGCCAGCUCCUUUUUCAUUUUUGGCCCACAGAAUAAGUUACGGAAAUUCUGCCACAGGAUCAUUAACCACACCACCUUCACCAACAUCAUUCUCCUCUUCAUCCUCCUCAGUAGUAUCUCUCUGGCAGCUGAAGACCCCAUCGACCCCCGUUCAUUCAGAAACAAGGUCUUGGCUUAUGCUGAUAUCGUCUUUACGACCGUGUUCACCAUUGAGAUUGUGCUGAAGAUGACAGUUUAUGGAGCUUUCCUGCAUGAAGGCUCAUUCUGCCGAAACUCUUUCAAUAUUCUGGACCUCAUUGUUGUGGCCGUAUCACUCUUAUCUAUGGGAAUGGAAUCUAGUACCAUUUCUGUGGUGAAGAUUCUCAGGGUGUUGAGGGUCCUCAGACCUUUAAGGGCCAUCAACAGAGCCAAAGGAUUGAAGCAUGUUGUCCAGUGUAUGUUCGUGGCCGUAAAGACCAUUGGUAAUAUCGUCCUGGUCACCUUGCUCUUAAACUUCAUGUUUGGCUGCAUAGGCGUUCAGCUUUUUAAGGGCAAAUUAUACUCAUGCACAGAUCCCUUGCAAAACACAGAAAUUGACUGUCAAGGAACAUUUAUUAAGCAUGUGCAGAGCUCUCUCCAUGACAUGGAGAUUCAUGAGAGAAAGUGGGUCAACAACAACUUCAACUUUGACAAUGUGCUGAACGGCAUGCUGGCGCUCUUCACCAUCUCCACAUUUGAGGGCUGGCCAGAACUCCUGUAUACGGCCAUAGACUCGGAUUCAGUGAACUCAGGCCCUGUGUUCAAUAACCGAGUGGGCAUCUCCAUAUUCUUCGUCAUCUACAUAAUCAUCAUCGCCUUCUUUAUGAUGAACAUUUUUGUGGGCUUUGUCAUCGUCACUUUCCAAGAACAAGGAGAGGAGGAGUACAAAGACUGUGAGCUGGACAAAAACCAGCGUCAAUGUGUGCAGUAUGCACUGAAGGCACGACCCCUCAAGUGCUACAUCCCAAAAAACCCACACCAGUACCGAGUCUGGUACUUUGUAACCUCCUGUUACUUUGAGUAUCUCAUGUUCUUCCUCAUCAUGCUCAACACACUGUGUCUUGGAAUGCAGCACUGCAACCAGGCCGAGUAUAUUACCAAACUCUCUGACACUCUCAAUCUCAUCUUUACCGUCCUCUUCACCGCCGAGAUGUUGGUCAAACUCGUUGCAUUUAAAGCAAAGGGUUAUUUCGGAGAUCCUUGGAACGUGUUUGAUUUUAUCAUUGUGAUCGGCAGUAUCGUUGACGUGGUCCUCAGCGAGUUGGAUACUGCAUUGGAGUCCAGUGGAGGACUGUGGUGUCUUCACGGUUGUGCUGAGGUGAACCCAAUGCAAGCUAUAGCUGAUGAAGAAAAUGUCAAAAUUACCAUCACCUUCUUCCGUCUGUUCCGUGUGUUGCGUCUGAUUAAACUGCUCAAUCGUUCAGAGGGGAUCAGGAACCUUCUGUGGACCUUUAUAAAAUCCUUCCAGGCACUGCCUCAUGUGGCUCUGCUCAUUAUAAUGCUGUUCUUCAUCUAUGCUGUCAUUGGGAUGCAGAUGUUUGGUAAAGUUUCGCUGGUCGACGGUACUGAGAUUAACCGCAACAACAACUUUCAAACCUUCCCGCAAGCUGUUUUGUUAUUAUUUCGUGUGGCCACUGGAGAGCGAUGGCAUAAGAUCAUGCUGGCCUCUAUGUAUGGAAAACUUUGUGACCCCAAAUCAGACUUUGGCCCUGGAGAAGAGUACACCUGCGGCUCCAGCAUUUCUGUCUUCUACUUCCUCAGCUUUUACAUGCUGAAUGCAUUUUUGAUUAUCAAUUUGUUUGUGGCCGUCAUUAUGGACAACUUUGACUACCUCACUCGUGAUUGGUCGAUCCUCGGCCCGCAUCACCUGGAUGAAUUCAAGAAGAUCUGGGCGGAGUACGAUCCUGAAGCGACUGGACGAAUCAAACAUCUGGAUGUAGUCACUCUUCUGAGGAGACUUCAGCCACCGUUGGGUUUUGGGAAAUUCUGUCCUCAUCGCUCUGCAUGUAAGAGACUGAUUUCUAUGAACAUGCCGCUGAACAGUGAUGGUACAGUGACCUUCAAUGCUACUCUCUUUGCACUGGUCAGAACCGCUUUGAAAAUCAAAACUGAAGGAAACUUCGAGCAGGCUAAUGAGGAAUUGAGAGCCAUUAUCAAGAAGAUCUGGAAACGGACCAGUAUGAAGUUGUUGGACCAGGUUAUUCCUCCCAUUGGAGAGGAUGAGGUCACCGUUGGAAAAUUCUACGCCACAUUUCUCCUUCAGGAACACUUCCGCAAGUUCAUGCAGCGACAGGAGGAAUACUACGGUUACCGGCCAACCAAAAAGAAUGCUGCGGAGAUUAAGGCAGGUCUGCGCAGCAUCGAGGAGGAGGCAGCAACUGAAUUGCACAGGGCCAUCUCAGGUGACCUGAUCGCAGAGGAUGAGAUGGACCGUGCAAUGGAGGCUGGAGAGGAGGGCAUUUACAGGCGGACAGGAGGUCUGUUUGGAAUUCAUGUUGACCCCUUCGCCUCUGAGCCCAACAGCCCCCUAUCCACGCAUAUGACUAGUCAGAGACCCCUUCAUUUUACAGAGACCCAUCCGGAGGACAUCGAGUCCCCCCCUCACUCUGUCUUCCUCCCGAACACUGAGUUCUUCCCUGAUAACAUGCCAAUGACAAGCAACACCAAUAACAACGCCAACUUCAUUGAAGACAUUUCCUCCGGGUUUUCGUUAGAGACUGAGUCUCAAGACAUAAGAGAUUCUAGUUCGUAUGGGGGCGGAGCUUCAGGUUUUGAUGACGGAAGGCUGUCGAAUUACACUGUGAGGACAGAUAUCACACAGCAAUUCCCCUAUAAUCCCUCUUAUGGUACUUCAGAGAAUCGUCCAGAUGAUUCGCCAGCCACCAACAAACUUAUUCAGCAGGCACUGCGAGGUGGUGGACUAGAUUCCUUGGCUGACGAUCCAAAGUUUGUGUCUGUGACUAGAAAGGAAUUAUCAGAAGCCAUUAAUAUUGGCCUAGAUGAUAUGGAAGGUUUGGCUAAAGGUAUUCUAAAGGAGAAGUGCCCCAAUCCACCGAAACGUAAACGUCGUCCCAUCCCAGUUCCACCCAGCGCCAAGCCCAGAGAAGACACUAGUGCGGUGUAGACACUUUAAGUUAUUAUCAUUUAUGUGGCAUCAUGAAUUUUCUAUGAAUGUUCUGCCCUUGUUCAAGUUCACCUGCUUGACAGUCUAUAAACAGGUAGUGUUGGUUGUUUUGAAAGAUAUGUUUUUUCAAAGAAAGUGAUCACAUUGAGAAAUAACAAUGUUUAUUUCUUUAUAGUCUGAUCUUUGCUAUGCUAUUUCUGUUCCACUAAGUGGUAAAAUGCAUAGAAAUGAACAACUGUCACAAUAGUGCUGAACUUUGUGUAUUUUUUCGAAUGGGCAGUUUGAUUCAGGAAGUGAUUCUGAAGAUAUCAGACAUCCUGCAUAGAAGUAAUCACUCUUCAGUUCUGUAAACAUGACAGCUGAGUGAGAUGGAUAUAUUACAGACAAAUGUCUUCUUUUGUAAUCUGGAGCCACCGAAGGAAAGCAUUUUUACAUGUACUUGUGGUAGAGCGAUGGUUUAAACUGCACAUGUAAAAGUGAAAUGGCUGACAGCUGUUAUUUUAUGUUCACUGGACACAUUAUUUGUUUUGAAAUGAAGCGUUAUGACUUGUUUACAAGAAACGUUUUAAAGAGAAAUCCUGUAUACAUAUAACAUAAAUUGAUACCUGCACAUAAUAAAAUAGUUUUUUAAUGAUGUAUGCUAUUGAAAAAUGUAUACACAGGGAAAGGGUUAAAGCAAGCACAUGCAAAGCACUUCAUUUGUAUUUUACUUUACAUUUACACAUUUAGCAGUUUUGAUCCUCAUUUUAUUGAAAGCAACGAGGAAAGAAGGUCUGAUAAAGCCUUCAUUAAUCUUUAAAACGUGGCAUUUUAUUUGUUAAUCGAGCUCAUCGACAUGUUUUUGUUUUAGGAGAUUUUACAUUCUUGAGCCUUAAUUCCUAAAGAAAUGCACACUGGGUACCAUAUGGUAAAAGUUCAGUUUUUGUCUGGAAUAUGCAAAGGGUUAAAGUUUGUUUCUAUUUCUUUAAUUAGCCUUUUGGUUUUAUUGAAUGCCGAGAUUAUGGGAAUGGGAUCAGGACCGUGACGCAGGCCGGAUUCGAACCUGUGUCCCUGUAAGCUGCUUUUUUACUUUUUAGCACACUUGCGCUACCCACUGUGCUGACUUUAUUUUAUUUUUAAUUAUAAGAGCCUAGAGGAGUUUUUGGCACAUUUGUUGUAGAAAAUAUGUGAUGCUUGCUUUGACCUGUCAUUGUAAUGCACAUUGCAGUAAUACAUAUUGUAUAAUCACAUCCUAAAUACAGUUAGUACAGGUGCUUUUUUAUUUAUAGUAACCGAAGUCCUCUCACUUCAGAUUUGGACUUCAUUAACUGCAUCGUACACAUUUUAAAGUAUAUUUUAAUAAAAACUUGACUAUUAACUGUAAUACCAUGGACUGAAGUCUUAAAGCUGAAUGUUUUUCUGUGUUAAAUCUGAUUUGCAAUCCGCGUUUGAUUUUCAUUGACACACAACUUACACUUAAGUCAUUGUGUGUUUUAACUGAGGUUAAGAUUUAAAUAAACAGAGACAAUUUA